AUGUAUCCGCAACAAUAUCCGCAAAUAUCCCAAGCUCCACCACCGUAUCAAAACAACAUGCAAGGUAAUGAACCGUCCGUUGAUUAUUUUCGACCUUCCGAAGAACGUAUGGCAGAUUUUCAACAACUUGUUGCUCGUUAUGAAAUUAACCAUACGUUUGCAACUAAAUUACGUGUUCUUGAAGGCUACGAAAUAGUAUUUAUCUGUGAUGAUUCAGGAUCCAUGAAUACUCCGCUUGGCGAUCUUUCUGGUCCUUUUGACAAACUUCCAUCUCGAUGGGAUGAAUUAAAACAAACCGUAUCGAUUGUUGUCGAUCUAGCGAGUGUUUUUGAUCCGGACGGCGUUGAUAUUUAUUUUCUUAAUCGGGAACCAAUGUUUCAUGUUCGUAAUUCACAACAAUUAAUUCCUAUUUUUGCUGUGCCACCAGCUGGUCCAACCCCUAUCGUGCCCGUUUUUCGACGUGUACUUCGUGAUAAACAAAAUGAAAUAGCAGAACGCAAACUACUGAUACUUCUAGCAACUGAUGGUGUACCAACAGAUAAUCAAGGUCAUCGCGAUAUUCGUUCUUUUGAAUAUGUUCUUGCACAUGAACGUAAACCGAGCAAUCGUAUUCCGGUAACAAUUAUUGCUUGUACCGAUGAUGAUGAUUGUAUUGGAUACUUGAAUGACUGGGAUAGAAAAAUUCCUAAUCUCGAUGUUGUCGAUGAUUAUAGAAAUGAGAAAAAAGAAAUACAAGCUCGGCAGGGAAAAAAUUUUCCCUUUAGCUUUGGUGAUUAUGUUGUGAAAAUUUUGAUGGGUGGUGUGGAUAGUUGGUUUGAUGAUUUAGAUGAAAAAAAAGUUUCAACCGAUGGUUAUGGGCGACCAAGCAAAGAUUCUGCCCGCAAACGAAAAAAGCUUCCUUGUACUAUCCUGUAA